AUGAGCGACCGCGCGCCGGUGCCGGUGUCGGACGCGUCGACGACGCUAUUGCUCAAGUACAGCAAGACGACGCUCUUUCUGACCGUUGUGCUGAGCACCACGAGCCUCACAGAGCUCAAAGCGCGCGCACUCGCUGCGCUGGCCGACGCCGCGCAGCCCGAGGACCCCGAACUGCGCCGCCCGUUUGCCGAGGCGACGCCGGAGGACGUGCAGGUGUACGUUGCGGAUACCACGGACGGCGACGAGGCGCAGUACACGCCGCUCGAGAAUACCGCGUCCGGCAAGGCGCCGAGCGCAAAAGACGGCAGCGUGCGCCUGGACGCCUUGGCGCUCGAGGACUGCCAGGUGCUCUACCUGGGCUUUCGGCGCGACGGCCAAGACGCGCCGAGCGCGCCAAGUGUACAGCUGCCCUCGUUCCACGACGAGGCCGAGAUGGAGGAGAUGUAG